AUGUCUAAGGAGGUAGCUGCUGUGAUUAUCAAGUAUUUGGAAGGUGUUGUUGCCGAGAAGGCGGUGGGCGAGGACUACCUGGACUCUGUGAACGUUGCCAUCGACUGUAUUGCCGAGUCCUUUGAAGUGGAGCGCGGUGAUGUUGACUCUGUGCUGAAGCAGAGUGGUAUCAGCAAGGGGCUGGAGGAGUGUCUGGAGUGCAUGAAGGGUGGCGCUGUUAAGAGCGAGGACGUCAAGGUGAACAUUCCUGCCGAGGACGCCGAGACCAAGGCCAAGGCCGAGGCCCUGAAGCUUGAAGGUAACAAGGCCAUGGCUGGCAAGGACUUCGAGCUGGCCAUCGCCAAGUACUCCGAGGCCAUUGAGGUCUUGCCUACCAACGCUAUCUACUACGCUAACCGUGCCGCUGCGCACUCCUCUCUGAAGCAGUACGACGAGGCUGUCGUAGACGCUGAGAAAGCCAUCGAGAUCGACCCUGCUUACUCCAAGGGUUACUCUAGACUUGGUUUUGCCAAGUACGCCCAGAACAAGCCUGAGGAGGCUCUGGAGGCAUACAAGAAGGUCAUGGACCUUGAAGGCGACAAGGCCACAGACAUCAUGAAGAGAGACUACGAGACCGCCAAGAAGAAGGUCGAGCAGUCCCUGAACCUGGAGAAGACUCCAGAUGCACGCGGUGCCGACAGCGGUGCAGGCGCCGGCGCCGGCGCUGGUGGUGCUGGUGGUUUUGACUUCUCUUCCAUGUUGAGCGGCGGUCUGAGCGGCCUGAUGAACAACCCACAGAUCAUGCAAGCUGCCCAGCAGAUGAUGAGCAACCCACAGGCUCUGCAACAGAUGCAAUCCAUGAUGCAAGACCCAAGCAUCAGACAAAUGGCCGAGCAAUUCACUUCUGGUAAUGGCACUCCUAACAUGGACGACCUGAUGAGCAACCCAGCUCUAAGAAACAUGGCCAGCAGCAUGUUCGGAGGUGCAGGUGCUCCAGGUGCUGACGCUGAUGCCCCAGGUGCUGAACCAAAGGGUGAAAUCGACGAGAAAUAG